AUGAAAUGAAAUGAGACAGAAUCAUAAAGAUUUUCAAGAUUUUUGGUGGCAAAAAAACAUUUAUGAUUAAGGAUUCAAUUGAAUGAAUAAAUUAUAUGUUUCAUCGGAUUCGGAUUCGGAGUCAGAUAUAGACCUAAACCAUGGCUUAAGUCAUGUAGAGAAUGGUGCACAUGGAGGCGAAAUAGAGGAGGUGAAGAAGCUUCUGAUUCAUGAGGAUUACUUGGAUACAUUUCAAUUUAAGGGUCCUGACACUUCUGACUCAGAGUCGGACUCAGAUUUAUCUUGUAGUGAAUGGGAAUCUGUUCCAAUAGACACAACUAUUCAAAAGGAACCACAACCCGAAUCAUUCUCAAUAACAAUUAAGCCAAAUAUAGACGAUGAAGCUGCAAAAGCCAUUCGCAGACGUAAAAUGUUACUUGAACUUCGUAAGAAGCGAGCAUCAAUACAUAAUUUAGCAAUAGUAUCAUAUUUAACCCAUGCAUUUGAACGUAAUAAAUGGUUAAACAAUCCAAGUGUUCAGAAGAAAUUAAAAAAAAACCUUCCGAAAUCGUUAAUUAAAAGAAACAAAGCAUUUUGGAAAAAGAUUACUGAUGUUGGAUCAAUAGAUGUAGAACAUGAUUUGAUAUACAUUUUGAAGUAUACGAUCAAAUGGUUCCGGUUAAACUAUAGAUUGGUUUCUCAUGGCAUACGUGUAUUGGGAUACUUGCCAUCACAGGAUUUCACUGCUGAAGACUAUUAUCCUCACACUGCUCAGGGCACACCUAAUUUGUCUUCAUUUAUAUCCGUGGCCGGGAAAUUAAAACACAAUAGAGAUGUAGGUGCUCAAUUAUAUACUUCUUUACUAAGGAGUUUAGGAUUUGAAGCUCGGCUAGUAUUUUCAUUGCCUUUACUAGAUAAAAAUGCUAAAUCUCAACCUAAAAUAGAUAAAGAACGACUUAAAAGAAAUAUAGACCAUGACUUACUUUUUCCUUAUUAUUGGACUGAAGUAGUAAAUCCUUUGGAUAAAAGUGAAAUCAUUAUAAUAGAAAAUAUGUGUUUUCAUGAUGAAGAGAAAAGAUAUACAAAGUUGAAAAGGUAUAGCACUCCAACUUCAACUGUACUGAUAGAAAAUAACUACACAAACUUAUUUUACCCAAUUCCAAGUCAAUUCAAUCAAAUGUCCAUGCAUUAUGUUGUUUCAUUGACCAACCAGAACACCCUUUUUGAAACAAGUCUGAGAUAUAUGCCAGAUGUAGCAUAUCGAUGGUUCAAAAAAUUAGAUUUAAGAACAGUUACUGGUAGAGCUAGCUUACUUUUCCAAUCAACUUUACGAUAUUUGAAUUCUGGAAGUACAUUAGGAAUUAAUGAAGAUGAGUUGAAAACCUUGGAACUAAUUGCAAGAAUAAAUUGUUCCAUUCCAACAACCUUUUCUGCCAUGAAGUCAAAUCCAAAUGUUGUAACACCUUCAACUUUACGAUUUAAUGAAGUUAUUUUACCCGAUUCUAAGCUGGUAGGUAAAGUGAAGUGUGGUAACACCACGCUAAGAAAAGAAAAUGUAUAUUUCAAGAGGGAUAUAAUUACAGGAAAAUCACAACAACAAUGGAAGAUUUUGGGUAGAGCCAUUAAAGAAGAUGAAAUACUAAGCCCAAUAAAGAAAACUAGGAAGCUUCAACCCAGAACAAUUGCAAAAAGAAGGAAGUUGAACAUGGACAACCUUCUUGGAUUUAAUAAUAUUCCGGAGGUCGACUUGUAUGGUUUUGAUCAGACUUGCAAGUAUGAACCUCCAGUAGUUAUCGAAGGAGAACCACUCCCUCGCAACACAUAUGGAAAUAUUGAGAUAUUCAAACCUUGGAUGAAGCCAUAUAAUUGUAGUUGGAUUCAAUUAUCUAACAUUCAUGAGAUAUUGGAAGAUUAUAAUCAUAAAAGGAAAUGGUUUCUGACGACUGGAGGCGUUAACGAGACGAUCGACUUUGUUCCUGUAGUAAUAGGGUUCGACUUCAAAAUUAGUCCUGGAUAUGCUGUCCCCAUAAAAAAAGGCGUAAUAGUUUCAGAAGAAAUAGAGAACAAAGUAAAGAGACUAUGGCUUGCAGGUAAAAUUGAAAUAAAUCGAAGAGAAGUAGAAAAGCGGGAGUUAAAUAGUAUUAAGGCAUGGAAUAUGAUGCUACGCGGCCUUCGAAUAAAACAACGAAUCGAUAGGUACGAUGUUUGAUAUGCGAAUUCAAU